AUUAUCGCUUUUUGAUAUGAACUUUUGCCAAAAUUGACGAGUUUUUUAAGUUUAAAAAUAUCCUACAUUCAAAGAACAAUAAAUGGGUUAAAGUCGUGAUAGUGUGCAGUUGUUAAAACUGAUUGUGAAUGUAAAAAACCUUUUUUUGCGGUGUUUUUUCCUUAUUUUUUGUGCGUGCCUAAAUGCUAUUUAUUGCAUGUAAAUUAUUCGAAUAAGUAAGUGGAUUUUUGUACAAUGGCUCCUAGUAAACAAGACUGUCUCAAAGUUAUUGAAGUUUUAUCGGAAAAAGAGCAAUUGAAUGCUACUGUUGGGGGUUCAGCAAAAGCGGCGGCUUUUACAGCAGUUUGCACAUUCGCAGGAGGCGUAUUGGGGGGCCCACUAGGAUUAUUUGUUGGUGGUACUUUGGGGUCCCUUUCGUCAGCAAAAUACUCACAGGGAAAAUUCAAAUCUGUAAUGAGGGUAAUAAAUGAAGACAUGACUAGAGAACAAAGACAAAGACUUUCCGGUGCUGUGAGCAAAGUCCUUAAUUCUGUCACUGCUAAAGAUGUAACGGCUGUAAUGUUAAUAUUGUCGACCAACCAAUCGCUGAAAGCUGCUGUGAUAAAUGAAAUAGGCACUUUUCUUAAAAAUGAAAUGUAUAUGAGUAUUGUAUAGGGUUUUAUUGUUGUAAUAUUUUAUUGAUUAAUUGAUUAAAUUUGCUGUUUUUAUAUUUAGGUAGGUAUUUAUAUUAGUAAUAAAGUUUAAUGAUUUUAACGUAUUU